AUGGCUCUGAGCCUCUGGCCCCUUCUGCUAUUGCUGCUUGAUCUCUGGGUUUCUCUCCUUACAGUGACUCUGGCCCCUACGGGGCAUCAGUCCCUGGACCCUGAUCUCUCCCUCUUGAAGUCAUUCCUCUCCACUAUGGACCAGGCUUCCCAGGGUGCCUUCAGCCGCUCACAGUUCUCUGCAUUCCUGGCCAACAUUUCUUCUUUUGAGCCUGGGAGAAUGGGGGAUGGGCCCGUGGGAGAGCCCCCACCUCUCCAGCCCCCUGCCCUUCGUCUCCAUGAUUUCUUAGUGACACUAAGAGGUAGUCCAGACUGGGAGCCAAUACUAGGGCUACUGGGGGAUGUGCUGGCACUGCUGGGGCAGGAGCAGACUCCCCGGGACUUCCUGGUACACCAGGCAGGUGUUCUGGGAGGACUUGUGGAGGUGUUGCUGGGAGCUUUAGUUCCUGGGGGGCCCCCUGCCCCUACAAGGCCCCCAUGUACCCGCGAUGGGCCUUCUGACUGCGUGCUGGCUGCUGACUGGUUGCCGUCUCUGCUGCUGCUGUUAGAGGGCACCCGCUGGCAGGCCCUGGUGCAGCUGCAGCCCAGUGUGGACCCCACCAAUGCCACAAGUUUCGAGGGGCAGGAGCCAGCUCCUCACCUUUUGCAGGGUCUGCUGGGCUUGCUUACCCCACCAGGGGAGCUGGGCUCUGAGGAUGCUCUUUGGGGUGGUCUGCUACGCACAGUGGGGGUCCCCCUCUAUACUGCCUUCCAGGAGGGGCUGCUCCGUGUCACACACUCCCUGCAAGAUGAGGUCUUUUCCAUUAUGGGCAAGCCAGAGCCUGAUGCCCAUGGGCAGUGCCAUGGUGGUGACCUGCAGCAGCUGCUCUUAUGGGGCAUCCGGCACAAUCUUUCCUGGGAUGUACAGGCACUGGGGUUUCUGUCUGGAUCGCCACCCCCACCUCCUGCCCUCCUCCACUGCCUGAGCACUGGUGUGCGUCUUCCCAGGACUUCCCAGCCCUCAGCCCACACCAGGCCUCGCCAACGGCGAGCCAUCUCUGUGGAGGCCCUCUGCGAGAACCACACAGGCCCAGCACCACCCUACAGCAUCUCUAACUUCUCCAUCCACUUGAUCUGCCAGCAUGCCAGGCCUACCACCCCGCAGCCCCCUCCUAGCACUGCUGCUGUCUGCCUGACCGCUGUGUGGUACACAGUCUCCUGGGCACCAGGUGCCCAGCGCUGGCUGCAGGCUUGCCAUGACCAGUUUCCUGAUCAGUUUCUGGAUGCAAUCUGUAGCAACCUCUCCUUCUCAACCCUGUCUGGCCCCAACCGCCGCCUGGUAAAGCGGCUCUGUGCUGGCCUUCUCCCACCCCCUACCAGCUGCCCCGAUGGUCUGGCCCCUGUGCCCCUCACACCAGAGACCUUCUGGGGAUGCUUCUUGGAGAACGAGACUCUGUGGGCCGAGCGGCUGUGUGUAGAGGCGAGUCUGCAGGCUGUGCCCCCCAGCAACCAGGCAUGGGUUCAGCAUGUGUGCCAGGGCCCCACCCCAGAUGCCACUGCCUUCCCACCCUGCCACAUUGGACCCUGUGGGGAACGCUGCCCAGAUGGGGGCAGCUUCCUGCUAAUGGUCUGUGCCAAUGACACCAUGUAUGAGGCCCUGGUGCCCUUCUGGCCUUGGCUAGCAGGCCAGUGCAGGAUAAGUCGUGGGGGCAAUGACACUUGCUUUCUAGAAGGGCUUCUGGCCCCCCUUCUGCCUUCUUUGCCACCUCUUGGGCCAUCUCCACUCUGCCUGGCCCCUGCCCCGUUCCUGCUGGGUAUGUUGUCUCAGCUGCCACGCUGCCAGUCCUCAGUGCCAGCCCUUGCCCACUCCACACGCCUGCACUAUCUACUGCGCCUGCUGACCUUCCUUCUGGGCCCAGGGGCUGGAGGGGCUGAAGCCCAGGGGAUGCUGGGUCAGGCCCUGCUGCUCUCCAGUCUCCCAGACAACUGCUCCUUCUGGGAUGCCUUCCGCCCAGAGGGCCGGCGCAGUGUGCUGCGGACAGUCGGGGAGUUCCUGGAGCAAGAAGAUCCUACCCCAGCAGGCUUUGAACCGAUGGACAGCCUCAGCUCUGGUAGGAGCAAGAUGGAGCUCCUGUCCUGCUUCAGUCCUGUGUUGUGGGAUCUACUCCAGAGGGAGAAGAGUGUUUGGGCCCUGCAGAUUCUUGUACAGGCGUAUCUGCACAUGCCCCCAGAAAACCUGCAGCAGCUGGUGCUUUCAGCAGAGAUGGAAGCUGCUCAGGGCUUCCUGACACUCAUGCAUCGUUCCUGGGCCCAGCUGCAGGUACCACCGUCUGAGGAGCAGGCCAUGGGUCGCUUAACGGCCCUGCUCCUCCAGCGGUACCCACGCCUCACCUCCCAGCUUUUUAUUGAUCUGUCACCACUCAUCCCCUUCUUGGCUGUCUCUGACCUGAUGCGCUUCCCACCAUCCCUGCUGGCCAAUGACAGUGUCCUGGCUGCCAUCCGAGAUCACAGCUCAGGAAUGAAGCCUGAACAGAAGGAGGCCCUGGCAAAGCGAUUGUUGGCCCCUGAGCUAUUUGGGGAAGUUCCUGCCUGGCCCCAGGAGCUGCUGUGGGCAGCGCUUCCGCUGCUCCCCCACCUCCCCCUGGAGAACUUCCUGCAGCUCAGCCCUCACCAGAUCCAGGCCCUGGAGGAUAGCUGGCCUGCGGCAGGUCUUGGGCCAGGGCAUGCCCGGCAUGUACUGCGUAGCCUGGUAAACCAGAGUGUCGAGGAUGGUGAGGAGCAGGUCCGCAGGCUUGGGUCCCUUGCCUGUUUCCUGAGCCCUGAGGAGCUACAAAGCCUGGUGCCCUUGAGUGAUCCAAUGGGGCCAGUAGAACGGGGGCUGUUGGAAUGUGCGGCCAACGGGACCCUCAGCCCAGAAGGACGGGUGGCGUAUGAACUCUUGGGGGUACUGCGCUCAUCUGGAGGAGCUGUGCUAAGCCCCCCAGAGCUGCGGGUCUGGGCUCCUCUCUUCCCCCAGCUGGGUCUUCGCUUCCUACAAGAGCUAUCAGAGCCCCAGCUUCGAGCUAUGCUUCCUGCACUUCAGGGAACCAGUGUCACACCUGCCCAGGCUGCCCUGCUGCUUGGCCGGCUCCUUCCUAGGCAUGAUCUGUCCUUGGAGGAACUCUGUUCCUUGCACCCUCUACUGCCCGGCCUCAGCCCCCAGACACUGCAGGCCAUCCCUCGGCGAGUUCUGGUCGGGGCCUGCUCCUGCCUCGUUCCUGAACUGUCGCGUCUCUCAGCCUGCCAGACUGCAGCGCUGCUUCAGACCUUUCGGGUGAAAGAUGGUGUUAAAAGUACGAGUACAACAGGCGUCAGUGCAGCUGUGUGUGUCCCCGGUCAGCCCAUGCGCACCAUUUGGCCAGACUGCCUGCUUCCCCUGCUCCCAUUAAAACUGCUGCAACUGGACACUGCAGCUCUUCUAGCAAACCGGAGGCGCUACCGGGAGCUGCCCUGGUCUGAACAGCAGGCACAGUUUCUCUGGAAGAAGAUGCAGGUGCCCACCAACCUGACUCUCAGGAAUCUGCAGGCUCUAGGCAACCUGGCAGCGGGCAUGUCCUGUGAGUUUGUGCAGCAGAUCAGCUCAACGGCAGACUUCCUGGAAGUGGUACACAUGCUUUACCAACUGCCCACUGGGGUCCGAGGGAGCCUGAGGGCCUGUAUCUGGGCAGAACUAUGGCGGAGGAUGACAAUGCCAGAACCAGAACUGACCACCCUGGGGCCAGAACUGAGCGGGCUUGACACCAAACUACUCCUGGAUUUACCGAUCCCGUUGAUGGACAGACUGUCCAAUGAAUCCAUUAUGUUGGUGGUGGAGCUGGUACAAGGAGCUCCUGAGCAGCUGCUGGCACUGACCCCACCCCACCAGGCAGCCCUGGCAGAGCGGGCACUACAGAACCUACUUCCAAAGGAGACCCCUCUCUCAGAGGAAGUGCUGGAGACGCUGGGCCCCUUGGUCGGAUUCCUGGGUAUAGACAGCGUACGACGGAUCCCUCUACCAAUCCUGCUGUCCCAUCUCAUCCAGCUGCAGGGCUUCUGCCUACAAGAGACAUUUGCCACAGAGCUGGGACAGCUGCUGUUGCAGGAUCCUGCUCUUGGGAAACCAGAAUUGUGGAGCCAGGAUGAAGUAGAACAAGCAGGACGUCUAGUAUUUACUCUGCCUACUGAGGCAAUUUCCUUGAUUCCCAGGGAGGCUUUGGGCCCAGAGACCCUGGAACGGCUUCUAGAAAAGCAGCAGAGCUGGGAGCAGAGCAGAGUGGGACAGCUAUGUGGGAGACCACAGCUUGCUCCCAAGAAAGCAGCCCUGGUAGCUGGGGUUGUACGGCCGGCUGCUGAGAAUCUUCCAGAGCCUGUACCAACCUGUGCAGACAUCCGAGGGACCUUCCCAGCAGCCUGGUCUGCAGCACAGAUUACAGAGAUGGAGCUCUCAGACUUUGAGGACUGCCUGGCACUGUUUGCAGCAGAUCCAGGGCUUGGGCCUGAGGAACUACAGGCAGCCAUGGGCAAGGCAAAGAAGUUAUGGGGUCCCCCUCGAGGAUUCCGUCCUGAGCAGAUUCUGCAGCUGGGCCGGCUCUUGAUAGGUCUAGGAGAGCGAGAGCUCCAGGAGCUGACCCUGGUGGACUGGGGAGUGCUGAGCACCCUGGGCCAGAUAGAGGGCUGGAGCUCUGUCCAGCUCCGGGUCGUGGUCUCCAGUUUCCUACGCCAGAGCGGUCGGCACGUCAGUCACCUGGACUUCAUUCACCUGACAGCACUGGGCUACACACUCUGUGGACUGCGGCCGGAGGAGCUACAGCAUAUCAGCAGUUGGGAGUUUAGCCAAGCAGCUCUCUUCCUGGGCCAUCUGCAUCUCCAGUGCUCUGAGGAACAGCUGGAGGUUCUGGCCCAUCUCCUUGUGCUGCCUGGUGGCUUUGGCCCAAUCAGUAACUGGGGGCCUGAGAUCUUCACUGAAAUUGGCACAAUAGCAGCUGGGAUCCCAGACCUGGCUCUUUCAGCUCUGCUGCAGGGACAGAUCCAGGGCCUGACCCCUCUUGCCAUUUCUGUAAUCCCUGCUCCUAAAUUCGCUGUGGUGUUCAGCCCCACCCAGCUAUCCAGUCUCACCAGUGCUCAGGCUGCGGCGGUCACUCCUGAGCAAAGGGCCCUUCUGAGUCCUGAGCAGCGAGGAGCAGUCACAUGGGCCCAACAUGAGGGGAAAGAGACUCCUGAACGGCAGAGUCGAAGCUCAGCUUGGGGUCCUCAGUACUGGUCACAGCCCUCCUGGGCCCUGGCACUGAUCGGCUUCCUUGGACACCUGCUAUGA